CGCCGCCGAGAGCACGCCCCGCUGCCGCCUCCCCCUGCCUGUCCUCCCUGCGCCCUUCCCGCCCCUUCUCCUUUCCUCUUGCUAGUUGGCCGGGAAGGAAGAAGCAAUUCAGUCAGGAUGGCUAAAGGUGAUCCCAAGAAACCAAAGGGCAAGAUGUCAGCUUAUGCCUUCUUUGUGCAGACUUGCAGAGAGGAACACAAGAAGAAAAACCCAGAAGUCCCUGUCAAUUUUGCAGAAUUUUCCAAGAAGUGCUCUGAGAGGUGGAAGACUAUGUCUGGGAAGGAGAAAUCUAAAUUCGAUGAAAUGGCAAAGGCAGACAAAGUGCGCUACAACCGGGAAAUGAAGGAUUAUGGACCAGCUAAGGGAGGCAAGAAGAAGGACCCUAAUGCCCCCAAAAGGCCACCGUCUGGAUUCUUCCUGUUCUGUUCAGAAUUCCGCCCCAAGAUCAAAUCUACAAACCCUGGUAUCUCCAUUGGAGAUGUGGCAAAGAAGCUGGGCGAGAUGUGGAAUAACUUAAGUGACGAUGAGAAGCAACCUUACAACAAUAAGGCAGCGAAGCUGAAGGAGAAGUACGAGAAGGAUGUCGCUGACUAUAAGUCUAAAGGAAAGUUUGAUGGCGCGAAGGGUCCCGCCAAAGUUGCCCGGAAAAAGGUGGAAGAGGAAGAUGAAGAAGACGAAGAGGAGGAAGAGGAGGAGGAGGAGGAAGAGGAGGAUGAAUAAAAGAAACUGUUGAUCUGUCUCCUUGUGAAUACCUUAGAGUAGGGAGCGCCGUCAUUGACAUUGACACCCCUCUUAUUGGAGGCGUAUCUGUUGCCCUCGUUAGGUUUAAUCACACAAUUGGGUCAUGGUCAUAUUGUAGUUUCUCAAAGUGCUCUAGAAAUUGUCAGUGGUUUACAUGAAGUGGCCAUGGGUGUCCAGAGCACCCUGAAACUGUAUCAAAGUUGUACAUAUUUCCAAACAUUUUUAAAAUGAAAAGGCUCUCGUGUUCUCCUCA